AGGAAUGCAAAUGAGUUAUGGCAUCGGGCCGCCGCGCCGCCGCCUGAGGGAGGAGGGAGCGGCCGCGGGCCCGGCCCCGCCGGUACCGGCACCGGCACCGGGACUCCCCCUCUCCGCCCCCCGCCCGCCCCCGGAGGCGCCUGGGCCAUGGCCGUGGCCGGCGGGAGCCGUUCCGCCCGGGCCGCAGCUCUAGCCUGACCCCCACCACCUCGCAGCGCCCCGGCAAACCGCCAUGGAGAACGAGCAGCUCCCGGCACCUCCGCCCUCCAGCAGCGCCGGCGGCACCGCCACGACUCCCAGCAGCACCGGCACCGCCCGCCCACCCGGUCCCCAGAUCUCCGUCUACAGCGGCAUCCCCGACCGCCAAACCGUCCAGGUGAUCCAGCAAGCGCUGCACCGGCAGCCCAACACGGCGGCACAGUACCUGCAGCAGAUGUACGCGGCGCAGCAGCAGCACCUGAUGCUGCAGACGGCCGCGCUCCAGCAGCAGCACCUCACCAGCGCCCAGCUCCAGAGCCUGGCCGCCGUCCAGCAGGCGAGCCUGGCGGCAAACAGGCAAAGCGGCUCUUCAGGUGGUAACGGCGCCCAGCCGGCACCGACGCAGCAACCCACAAUCAACCUGGCGACGUCGCCGGCGGCCGCGCAGCUCCUGAACCGGGCACAGAGCGUCACCCCCGGGGCCUCGGGCAUCGCGCAGCAGGCUGUGCUGCUGGGCAACGCCGCCUCACCCGCCCUCACCGCCAGCCAGGCCCAGAUGUACCUGCGGGCGCAGAUGCUCAUCUUUACGCCUACGGGCCCCGUCAGCGCCGUCCGGCCCGAGAGCCCCGCACCGGCACCACCGCCGGCACCACCGCCCGCCCCGCCACCUGCCACCCCCCAGGUGCACAGCCUGGCCCUGCGCCCCACCGGCCCUCACCUCCCCGCCCUGGCCAUGAAGCCCCCCGGCGGCCCCCCGCCCCGGGCGGGCCCCCCCCGGGGUCCCCCACCCGACCCCCCAGCCGAGCACCUCAAAAAAGCCGAGGGUCCCGACGCCCGCGCCCACCCCCUGGCCCGCGCUGCCGCCCCCGCUGCCGCCCACCCUCUCGUCACCCCAGCCUACGCCCCGCUGCAGCCCCCCCAGUUCCUGCAGCAGCCGCCGAAGCCGAUGCAGCCGCAGCCGCAGCAGCAGCAAUUUGUCAUCCAGCAGCAGCAGCUGGCACCACGUGGGCAGCCCCCCCCGGGCCCCCCCUCCGCCCCCCAACUCCAGCCCCUUCCCCCUGCCAGCCCCGGCCCGGCCCCCCAACCCAAAGCGGGGGUCCCCCAAGGAACUGGGGGCGAGGGCGGCCCCCCCAACGGCCACCCCAGCUGCCACGCUGCCCCCCGCAAGUUCCAGCACACCUCUGCCGUCAUCCUGCAGCUGCAGCCCGCUGGCACCACGGUGAGGGGCGUCCCCCCAUCCCCCCCCAGCAUGGUUUGGGGGUGCAGGGGGGGUAGAGAUGGGGGGCUGGUGUGGGAAUGGGGGGGCCUGAUCUGCACACGUGCGUGUGUGUGCACACAUGCAUGCCUGAUCCAUGCACGUCUGCGUGCACCUGAUUUGCGCCGUGUGCGCAAUCCCUGUGGCUGA